AUGAGCUCACGUAGCGCCAAUGCCGGAUACGACCGGCACAUUACCAUCUUUUCGCCCGAGGGACGCCUGUUCCAAGUUGAGUAUGCCUUCAAGGCAAUCUCGAACACUGGAGUCACCUCGGUCGGUGUGCGUGGAAAGGACAGCGUAGUGAUCGCGACGCAGAAGAAGGUCCCGGAUAAGCUCAUCGAUGCCUCGACGGCGACGCACGUAUUCCAGCUAACACCCUAUAUUGGCUGUGUGAUGACUGGCCUUGGACCCGGACGGCCGCGGCCUGAGUUCAAAUACAAGUACGGAUAUGAGAUCACUCCCGACAUGCUGGCAAAGCGCAUGGCCAACAUCAACCAGGUGUACACGCAGAAAGCCUUUAUGCGCCCGCUCGGCGUGUCAAUGAUCCUUAUUGGGUGGGACAAUGAGCGUGGACCGCAGCUGUACAAGACGGACCCUGCGGGCUACUUUGCUGGAUACCGGGCGACCUGCCGCCGGCGCAAAGCACCAGGAGGCAAGAUGAAGGGCGACGAGGGGCUCUCUGUUGACGAUACUGUGGAGCUGGCGAUUGCCACGCUGUCGUCCGAGAUUGCCAUUGUCACAAAGGAGAGCCCAGAGUUCCAUGCCCUGAGCACUGAGGAGAUUGAUGCCCAGCUCGUCAGGAUUGCAGAGAAGGACUAA